AUGAUGGCUGUUUUCUGGUACCUGUCUGUUUGUCUUUGUGAAUGGCAGCGGUUGAACUGUUGAAAAGCCACUCUCUCUCUCACCGUCACGAGGCAGGGGAAUCUUGGAACCAUUCGAGGCAAAUCGCUUUCUCAACUUUUUGUAAUUUCCCACUCAAAUAAAGCCCCAGUUAGCACAUUUUUGGUUUUGUUGGUUUCUAACUUUCUACACACUGCAAAAUUCUCAUUUCUCCCUCUCUAAUCGUCAUUUCUUAGUUUCUUGGCUUCAUUCGAUCGUCCUUUUUCUCCGCCAACAUGUUAAUGGGUCAUUUCUUUUUCUUCUUCUCAUUGUUGAUUUGAUUCGGAUUCACUGUUUUCAAUAUUGCUACCAGCUCAGCCAGCUUUCCCCCCAUUACUCCCCCUUUUGGAAAGGAAUUGACAUUUUGGCCUUUUUGGUGUUCCUCUGAAAAUUUCGCUUUCUGGGUCUGUCAAUUUCGAUUAUAUCCGAGACAUUUGUAGGUGGGUUUUGAGCAAAAAUGGCGCCUCCCUUGUUUUUCCCUCUUCGAUGGGAGAGCACAGGGGAGCAAUGGUGGUACGCCACGCCCAUCGACUGGGCAGCGGCCAACGGCUUCUACGACGUCGUUAGAGAGCUUCUGUACUUGGACCCAAAUCUCCUCAUCAAACUCACUUCUCUGCGGCGAAUCCGCCGCCUCGAAACCGUGUGGGACGAUGAAGCCCACUUCGAAGAUGUAGCCAAAUGCCGCUCUUAUGUUGCCAAAAAGCUCCUCCUCGAAGGGGAGCUGAAAGGGGGUAAUAGAAAUUCGCUCAUUCGUGCUGGCUAUGGCGGCUGGCUUUUGUACACUGCUGCCUCAGCUGGGGAUAUGGAUUUUGUCAUGGAACUGCUUGAGAAAGACCCUUUUCUGGUCUUUGGAGAGGGAGAGUAUGGGGUUACUGACAUUCUUUAUGCUGCAGCCAGGAGCAAGAACUGUGAAGUCUUUAGGCUUCUGCUGGAUUUUGCUCUUUCUUUAAGGUCUUGGCCAAGCUGUGGAGAGGAAUCAAUGGAUGAGGCGUUGGAUGAAAGUGAGAUGGAGAUGCCUUUGGCCUUCAGAUGGGAGAUGAUUAACAGGGCAAUCCAUUGUGCUGCCAGAGGAGGCAAUUUGGAGAUGAUGACAGCGCUUAUUGGGGACUGCCCCGAUGUUCUGAUUUACAGGGACGCUCAGGGAUCCACCAUUCUCCAUACUGCUGCUGGAAGAGGACAGAUUGAGGUGGUGAAGAAUCUUGUGGCUUCUUUUGAUAUCAUUUCCAACACCGAUAGCCAAGGAAACACCUCAUUGCAUGUGGCUGCAUACAGGGGUCACUUGCCUGUGGUGGAGUUUGUAAUUCAUGAAUGCCCUUCCCUAACUUCUCUGUUAAACUACUAUGGAGACACUUUUCUUCAUCUGGCUGUGGCUGGUUUCCGAACCCCGGGGUUUCGAAGAUUGGAUCGGCAGAUCGAGCUCAUGGGUCGUCUGAUACACGGUGAGUUGAUGGAUGUGCAAGAAAUAAUCAACAUCAGGAACAAUGAUGGAAAAACCGCGCUUCACGUGGCGGUAGCGGAGAAUGUUCAGUGUGAAUUAGUGGAGCUUCUUAUGUCUGUUCCAUCAAUAAACUUGAACAUUACUGAUGAGGAUGGCUUGACCCCGCUUGAUCUCCUCAAACAACAGCCUCGAUCCCCAUCUUUGGAGAUUUUGAUCAAGCGAUUCGGUUUCGCUGGAGGGAUUUCGAAUCAUUGUGAUUAUAUGGAAACAAAUGCUUCCUUUUCCCACUUGAAAAUGCAGGGCAUUGGAAGUAGUCCUGGAACUUCUUUCAGGAUUCCAGAUGCAGAGAUAUUCUUGUACACAGGUAUUGAAAAUGCGUCUUAUGCAACUCGGGAUGAAGCAGGCGAUGCCUUCGAUUUUCGCUCAGACAAAAAUGGGGAAUGUGAUUCAGUGGAUUCAUCAGACAAGAAACCAAGCUCUGUAAAUCAUGCAGCCAAACGCCUGAAGUUCUUCCUGCGCUGGGCAAAUAGUAAAGAGAGAAAGCCUACCAAAACAGACUGGGCAGAUGAUGAUUGUUCAGUUCUGUUUGAUACAUCAAGAACUUCACAACUGAAUUCGAUUUCGCUUCGGCGUCGAUAUUCAAACAUGUCAUGUCUUCCACACAACAAAAGAACAACAGUUCCAAUCAUGAGCAUUCCUCCAAGCCCAUCAACCAAGAAAAAAUUCGCUGCUGGAUUGAUGCACGGCGUAAUCCAAGCCACGCCGAAGCUAGCCAUUCGAUCCCGAUCGCCACCGAGUCCAUUUUUGGGGUCGCCCAUGUCUUCUCAAGCAGAAACGGGUGGCAUUGGCAUUGCCAUUGGUGGAGUCUCAUGCUCCAAGAGAAAAGUGCCAAUUACGAAGUUCAGACAAGACUCAUUUAACAGAAAGAUGUUGAUGAACCAGUUGUUCUGUUUCGGCGCGCAAGGUGUCGCCACUGCCGUGGAAGACCCGACGAGCUGCAAGAGGGAAAAUCAGAACCACAACUACUUUGGUUCUCUAGUAGCUUGAUGUUCAUUGACUGUACAUACAACUUUGCAUCAGUAGGCAAAACAAAACACAAUGAUAAGCUUUUUUUCUCUCUCUGAUGUGCUGCAAUGGAAUCUAUUCUCUUAUUCCAGGGACAAGACAAAAGCAACCAUAACUGAUGGCUGAGAUUGCAAAUGCCUUGCCACUUUUUUCCUGUCUUCGAAUUUUCCACCCAAAUCUGCUGCCAUCUCCAACUUCCAGACGCUGACUGGGCACUGAUUUCUUCAUGUGAACGGAGGAACCUAUCGUUUUUCAGUUCCAACUCAAACUUCGAAGCUCUUGUUCAUGACGUGUGUGAUGUGACCUUUCAAAUCAUAUAUCGCUUAAAAAUCAAAUAAAUUU